AUGGCCAACGUUUGCAAGGCUCAAGAUGUAGUGAGAUGUUGCAUGUGUUGCAGCAAUGGAGAAUUCCGUUGUUAUUCCUGCUCCACCAUUCUUUGUGAGGCUUGUGUGGGAAAACAUAUGUCUAGUAGGGUGUCUCAUGACGUCAAAUCUCUAUUCUUCAAGAACCAUCGUGCAGAAUUUCCAAUUUGCUCUCUUCAUGAAAAUCAUAAAUGUGAGAUGUUCUGUCAAACGUGUCGUUCAUCAAUCUGCUGUAAAUGCAUAACUUCCGGGAAACACAGGUCACAUGAGGUAAAGGAAUUUGUAGAAUGUUUAAUGGAAAGAAAAACGUGUAUUGAAAAAGCAAAACUUGAUGUCAGAGACAUUAUUAUUCCAAUUUUUGAGAAAAUGAAAGAUCAGGUUGAGGAUAAGUUAAAGAUCCUUUAUGCAGAAGUUGAUAGUAUUGAGGAAAACAUAUACAAAAACAGGGACAAAUGGAAGAGACUUCUUGAUGCUGUUGUUGAAGAUACUAUCAAUGAUGCAAGAAAAAUGAAAAGUUGCAUUCAGAAAGAUCUGAUUAACAAACAAGAUCAUCUUCAAAACGAGCUUAAGCGUUUAAACGAAUAUCUUCAGAGCUUGACAGAAGUACUAGAGGCUGCUGAUACACCUGAAAUUUUUCAUUAUAAUGUUGAUUUUCAGCAUUUACUCCAAAAUGCAGUAAAAAUCCAAAUAAAAAGCCCUAUAUUUUGUGGAAAAAUCAUUUCAGAAGAGGAACUAAAAGGCUUUUUCGGGGAGAUGAUUUCUCCCGUUAAAACAACGUUGGAAUGGCCAAAAAUAGAGAAAGAUAAAAUGUCUUGCAUUAGAUCAAACCAUUUGCCUGCUUUUAGGCGUAAGGAUCUCAAAAGGUUUCGUUACAAGUCGUUUUCUGACAGCGAAGAAGAUGUAGAGUCCUCUUGGUGGAACCAGGCGGGGAUUGAUCAAGAAUUGAGCGAAUCGGUAAAAUCAAAUAGAAGGCAUGGUUUUUACCAAACACCUGCGAGAGGAGGUGCAGGAGGGGGGUUUCAACAAAGAUUCUCUGACUCAAACUUGUACAAAGGGUCUCUAGAAUCCACAAAGGAAAAUAGGUCUUCUGUAUCAGCAGAAAGAGCUUCCACCUUGCCAGCAGGGGGAAUAAAACAUAUUUUCCCGCGAUCACCUUCAAUGAUCUGCAUAGACGAUGUUAUAGAAUUUACCAGAAACAACGGUCUUCGAUGUAGUGGAAUUGUCAAAUAUGUCGGCAACUUAAAAGAUCUUGCAGGGAUCUUUGUGGGUGUAGAGCUUGAUGCUGAGGAAGACGGAAAGCAUGAUGGGAUUGUUAAUGGUGUUAGAUAUUUCAAAUGGUAA